ACUGGAUGUUUAAAGACUGAACCUCCUCGUCUGCCGUAGAUCAGCGCAGGAGAUCUGACUUUAUUCUAUCAAUGAGAUAAUGUGGAGUGGCUGUACCGCCCGGUGGUAACGCAGAAAAACACAAGAUGAAGAAGCAGUUCAACCGAAUGAGACAGCUCGCCAACCAAACAGUGGGCAGAGCUGAAAAAACAGAAGUAUUAAGUGAAGACCUACUACAGGUGGAGAAACGUCUGGAGCUGGUCAAGCAGGUUUCUCACAGCACGCACAAGAAGCUGACCGCCUGUCUGCAGGGCCAGCAGGGCGUGGACGUGGAAAAGAAGUCUGUCAGGUCGCCUUCGAAGAAGCUUCCCUUAACUACGCUCGCACAAUGUAUGGUGGAGGGGGCGGCAGUGCUCGGAGACGAGUCUCUACUAGGGAAGAUGCUGAUGCUCUGCGGACAGACGCAGGAGCGACUCGCCCAGGAGCUCAUCCUGUUCGAGCUCACCAUCGAGAGAGACGUCGUCGAGCCUCUGUACGACCUCGCAGAGGUGGAAAUCCCAAACAUCCAGAAACAAAGGAAACAUUUAGCCAAGCUGGUCCUGGACAUGGACUCAGCGCGCACACGGUUUUAUCAGUCCACCAAGUCGUCGGGACUUUCCACCAACCUGCAGCCGACGGGAGCCAAGGCCGACCACCUCAGGGAAGAGAUGGAGGAGGCAGCCAACCGCAUGGAGAUCUGUCGAGAUCAGUUAUCAGCAGACAUGUACAGUUAUGUGGCCAAAGAACUUGACUAUGCAAGCUACUUCCAGACACUGAUAGAAGUGCAGGCUGAGUACCACAGGAAGUCAUUAGAGCUGCUUCAAAGUGUUUUACCACAGAUCAAGGCUCAUCAGGAGACCUGGGCGGAGAAGCCAUGCUACGGGAAACCAUUAGAGGAGCACUUAGCGCUCAGCGGGAGAGAUAUUGCCUUUCCCAUCGAGGCCUGUGUCACCAUGCUGCUGGAGUGUGGCAUGCAGGAGGAGGGUUUGUUCAGAAUCGCUCCUUCGGCCUCCAAACUAAAGAAGCUGAAGGCGUCUUUGGACUGCGGGGUGAUGGACGUCCAGGAGUACUCUGCAGACCCACACGCCAUCGCAGGUGCUUUGAAGUCGUACCUGCGGGAGCUCCCCGAGCCAUUAAUGUCAUAUGAGCUCUACAACGACUGGAUCCAGGCCUCCAACAUUCAAGAUCAAGACAAGAGACUGCAGGCUCUUCUGAGCGCCUGUGAGAAACUUCCACCGGCCAACAACAACAACUUUAAGUAUUUGAUUAAAUUCCUCUCCAAACUGACUGACUACCAGGACUUUAACAAGAUGACGCCUGGAAACAUCGCCAUCGUCCUCGGUCCAAACCUGCUGUGGAUGAACAAUGAAGGAAACAUCACAGAGAUGAUGACAACAGUUUCCCUGCAGAUCGUUGGGAUCAUCGAGCCGAUCAUCCAGCACGCCGACUGGUUCUUCCCCGGAGAAAUCGAGUUCAAUGUCACUGGGAACUACGGGAGCCCGGUGCACACAAACCACAACGCAAACUUCAGCCUGAUGCCGUCACCGGACAUGGAUCAGGUGGAUCGACGGCAGAACGACCAGAGUCGACGGCCGCUCAGCGUCGCCACGGACAACAUGAUGCUGGAGUUCUACAAAAAGGACGGCAUUAGGAAGAUACAAAGCAUGGGUGUCAGGGUGAUGGACACUACAUGGGUGUCGCGCAGGGGAUCGUCUUCUUCUUCGCGCAAAAAUUCCUCCACGCCGCCAAACGUGCAUCCCCCAACCCCGCCCUGUGACGCUCUCAUUCCAGAGCAACCUGGGGAAUACGCCGCAUCCCCUUCCCCCACCCCUCCGCCCAAUAGCAGCGACCGAGCCAGUACUCUGAAGAAUAAGGAGCUGUCUCCGGUGAUCGGGCAGAAGGGAACGAUGACCUCUAGUGGACAGUCGCAGCACUGUGAGAACAGCCCUCACUCUCUGAGGAGAGCAAAGAAGCUCGCCCCGAUCCCGCCUAAAGUCCCCUACUGCCAGACGGGAGCCAUGUCCGACCAGUCGACGGGUCAGCCGUCUCCGGUCAGCCUGUCGCCCACUCCUCCCAGCACCCCCUCCCCCUACGGCUUCAGCUACCCACAGGGGUACGCCACCAUCGGCUCCCCGGGACAGUCCCAGAUGGCGACCACCCCAUCUCUCUCCUCGCCGCCCUCCCUGGCGGGGACUCUGACUAAGAACAGGCCGACCCCCAAACCGCCGAGGCAAAGGCCCAGCUUACCUCCACCUCAGCCCCCCUCCACGCCCGGCACCAGUCCCCAACCUUUGGAGCACUCGACGGGUCUGCUGGAUGGUUUGUCUCCUGGGGAGAGCAUGUCUACAGACGCUCUCUGCAACCUGGACAUCCCGGUCAUCGACGUGGACCUGGACGGUAUUUUUGACUUGCCCCACAUCGCCCCCUUCAGGAACUCAUUGGCGCUGCUCGAAUCGAAAAAAAAACGAGCGGAGUCAGAAGAAGAGUCUGAGAGCACAGUGCUAUGACGCCGCUGAGUUCCCCUACACACACACACACAACGCUACUGCUGCACUGCUCGCUCAAAGAAACACACACAAAACAAAAACACACACACUCACUCAUCCACCCUCACCUCUCUAGCUGCAUCUGUUCGGCCUCUAUGUGGAAUUCAUCAUCACCUAAACACACGACUUCUAGACAAAUUCAAAAGAAAGAAACUAAAAAGAAACCACCAGGUGUUAGGGACGACAUCAUCAGGGUUGGCUUUUGAUCAGACGCACAUUUAGACGUUUUAUGUUGGCUGAAAAAACAUGUUUUUAUAUUUAAUCUUUUCUGUUUCUUUUUGCCUUAUUUUUUGACUCACUUGCAAUAUUGCCUUUAACUUCAUACACGAGACUGGAAACAGGCUGCUGGGAGGGACGAGCGCUCUUUUGCUGCUGCUGCUGCUUCUAAAGUGAAUUGAAGAAGUGACUGCACAUCUGUCCCGCCAACACUAAGGCGUUCUUAUUUUUGUUUUUUCUCUUUGUCCUUUUCUUUAUCUGUCAUCUUAAUGUCGUCCUGCGUUCCCCCCGGGGCGUCUCCUUAUGAAGUUGCCUACUUGGGGCACAUGGUUUCUGUCCCACCUGAGCGUUCACUGUGAGUGUGCCAGUUUGUUGUUUUUAUGGAAAGUGUGUGUGUGUGUGUGUGUUUUGUAUGUGUUUGGUAACUGUACUAUAUAAUGUUGCACUGUUGGUGUCGUGGAGCGUAAACAGGAAUGCAUGUUUUUUGACAUUUUUGGGAAAAGAACUACCAGGUUUGUAAAGAGGUCACAAGUCCAAUCACACUUUUCUCUGGUGUUUUAAAAGGCGCCCGAUGAAGGAGCUAAAUCACUGAAUAUUUAUUGUUUAUACUGUACAUUCUCAGAAUAUAUGACACAAAUAACACUAUAAGUCAAAUAAGAUCAUAUUUUGUAUCGACAGAAGAGCUAUAAAGACCCAUAUCAUCCCGAGAGAUUCAUACAGUCAGGGAGCUUUGAAAUAUAUUAGAUGCAUUAUUUAUCAAAGGAACAGAACACAAGGGUUCACAUGUUUUUUUUUUUUUUAGGAACUUAAAAUGUUUAGUGAGGUGGGAUAGGAAAAGGAACCUCAUGGGAUUACGCGUUAUUAUUUUGGCAGCACGCUAACUUUCAUGGGAUUUUAUUUUUUCCAUGCAGCGUCAUGAACAGGAAGCAGAAUCACAGAGAUCACACAGAUGUACAUGUUUGGAACAAUGGAGCCUGGAGUCAGCCACCACAACAUGUUUAAAUUCAUAACUUAAUGCAGCACAAUGACAGCUGGUGUCGGCUCCAGCCCCACGCGACCCCGAGCGGGAAAAGCGGUAUAGAUAAUAGAUUUAAUGAAGUCCGACCCACAAAGCAGGAGCUCUGUGAGCGGCAGCGUUCAUGUACUCUGGAGUUUGGACUUGAUCUAAAGUUCACACGGUACCUUAAUGAUUAGGAUUCUUAAUUAAGCCCCAUUUCCACCAAGCGGUCCAGUUUGGUUCAGAACAGUUUGGUACCGUAAACCCUGAUCAUCCUUUGGUUUCCACAGCCAAUCGUACCCUUACUCAUCACUAAAUCACAGCAGCGCGACAUAGUAUAGACAGCCAAUGAAUCCAGCAAAGAAGAAGAAUGUGACGCAGCUCACAAAAAUCAAUGAUUCUUAGGAAGGUCUGACAGUAGUCGCAAAAAACAUUACCGCUGUCACACAGGAAGUGAAGAUUCUUUCGACCAAUCAGCGGACUGCAGUGUGUCUAGCUCUAACCUUUAGGGUCGGAUUGGUACGCUUGGCAUCCGAACAGAAGGAAGUAAAAAACAGUGGGACGGUCCAAAUCUGUUAUUUUGGUACCGAACUAUUCCCAACUUUUGAAGGUGGAAACAACAAUAAAUGUGUACCAAACUGAACAGAACUGAACCGGACCACUUGGUGGAAACGAGGCUUUAUUACAUGUUAAAAGAUGAUCAAGUGGAGCCAUCCACUGAAUUCAAACCGUCAGCCAGAAAAACAGAUUUUAGGAUAUGUUUUGGAGCAUUUUUAAAUGACCUGCUGCGGUCAAUAAUCAUCAUUGUGGUGGUGAAUGUUGUGAGUAUUUUGAUGGCAUACUGCUCCAUAUGGAACAAUCUGUGACAACACAUCAUGAGAAUCAUCCCCUGUGAGGCGUUCACUCACUAAAGUGCUGGUGCCACAUCACUACGGUAACUCACAGGAACUCUGAGAAGUGAUGAAGCCGAUAUUUUUUGGUCCAUAUAACUGAAGGCAAACAAAGAGAUGUGUGUGUGUGUUUAUUUUAGAGAGAGUAUUUAUACAGAGAUAUUUCUGAAUCCUUUUUACUGGCUCUUACGAGUUGAGAUUGUUUCCGCUAUAAAUGAAUCAUAUCUGAGGAUUGAGGAAUAAACGGGACCAGAUUUCCCCUGCUGGCGCGCUGAACUCUUCAGGAGGGUCGGCUGAACAGAAAACUUGAAUAUCAAUAAAAACUGGAGUGACAAGGUUUGGGUACGACAGCAGCAGUUUGUUAUUUGCCUUGUGGUGGGGGUUUCGCUGUGACCAUAUCCCGAUUUGUAAGACUUUGAUUUUGUCCUGCGACGAUCCACUGAACACGGCCUCAAAGUCACUGUGCUGCUCUGCCAUCUUGUUUUCUUUUCAAGGACUUCUGUAAAUACUGAAACAUCUGUACAUACCACGUUGUGUAUAUACAGAGAGGGGAGACUUUUAAAUAUAUAUAUGUAUAAAUAGAUAUAUACUGUAUGGACAAUUAUAAAUGAUGAGCAUUAUAAGAUUAUACUGUACAUAUAAUAUUAUAAUGUGUUCUAGCACAAUGUUGCCACAUUCACACACAGUAGAGUAACUUUAUAAGGCACAGUAGCUCUGAUGGUUCAAUCUAGUUUUAGGAUCUUCUCAAUAACGACAGUGCAGUGAGUUCACGAGCAUUACAAAAUAAGAAAAACUUUCUACACAUUAGGGGCGCAAAUGAUGAACAAUUUCAAUAUUGACUUAUUUGUUUACCCAUCCUUUUUUAAUUUAUUUUAAAAGCCUGAUGAUAUUGAAAAAUCACAAUUUAAAUUUCCCAAAGUGACGUCAACAAAGCGUUUGCAAGUCCGACUAACGGUCUCAAAUCUGUGGUUACUUUGCUAAUUUUCACAUAGGACGAAAGAAAAACAGGAAAAAAUGAAAUAUUUGUACAGGUACAAAAUGUGAAAAUGAUUCCCGAUUGCUUUACAGUCAAUCAAUUCAUCUUUAAAAAAUACCAACUGCGUCCGGCUCUACCAGGGUUAAAGGUCACAUAUUAUGAAAGUUACUCUUAUGUGUAUGUGUCUCUAGUCCGUCUACAAGACCGCUCAUGAUGAGGAAAGUCCAUCCUCUGUCUUCUGCCUGCUCCACUUUUCAGAAAAUGUGUGCUCAAACAGGCUGUUUGGAGAUUUUCCCUUCAUG